AUGUUGGACCCGUUUCCUCCGCCUCGCUGGCUGCAGGACUUGGUGACGCCCUGGGCGGAUUCACUGCAGCUAUACUCUCUACCAUACCAUAUGCACGAGGUUAUAUUCGCCUUUGUGUUUUACCAAACCAUUCACUCUUAUAUCUCGCCACGUCUAUCACGAGCACUAUUCCCUCGAUACUACACGCAAUUACCGCGCCGCACACAGCUGAACUGGGAUAUCCAUGUCGUCUCGCUCGUGCAAAGUAUUCUGGUCAACGGGGUUGCUUUCUAUGUUAUAUUCGCAGAUGGCGAGAGGAAAGAUAUGACCCUUCAUGAGCGUAUUCAUGGAUACACGGGCGCCCUCGGUCUGAUGCAGGCUCUAGCGACAGGGUACUUCCUCUAUGACGUGAUCGUCUGUACAGUACAUGUCAAUCUGUUUGGGCCAGGCAUGUUGCUUCAUGGAGUUAGCGCUUUCUGCGUCUAUAUUCUUGGAUUUAGACCGUUCCUCAACUUUUAUGGGCCGACGUUUAUCCUCUACGAACUUUCAAGCCCGUUCCUCAAUAUCCACUGGUUUUUGGACAAAAUCAACAUGACCGGUAGCACGCUGCAGUGGUACAACGGCAUGCUGUUGAUUGGGGUUUUCUUUUCCUGCCGUCUGGUAUGGGGAACCUGGCAAUCCGUUAUCGUUUACAAAGAUAUGUGGCUCGGCUGGAACCAUUCUCGCUCCAUGUCGAGUUCGCCAUUCUUGGAAGGAGUCCCUACCAACGCCCCCGUUUUCGAAGUCAGAGACGGAGCACUCUGCACAAAUGAGGACUGUCUUCAAGCAAACGCAGAGAUAGCCAAAUUUGCGAAUCAUUUCAUCGACAAGGGGCUCCCGUAUUGGCUGCCCCUCACAUAUAUCGCAGCAAACCUGGCUCUUAAUUUCUUGAACUGGUACUGGCUGUCACAGAUGAUCGAUGCUGUGUUGAAACGAUUCCGAGAACCGGCAGCCAAGGUCAAAGUCUCGCCCAAGACAACCGAACCUUCAGAGCGGGAUCUCGUCCUGGAUGCCGCUGAGAAAUUAAAACAAGAGCUGGGCUAUAUUGAAACAGGAGAUAGAGCCGAGCAGGUUGUGUCAUCAGGCGCACAAGCCGCUCCAGGCGGUGAUUCAUUGACUAGACGGAAGUCAUGA